AUGCUUUUGUUUCUCUUCACAGCUUUAGCGUUGGCAACACAGAACACUGUUCUGAUUGACUGUUCUGGUGAUAUUAAAAGUGUCACCUCACAAGAACGAGUAUUAUAUCCACAAUGUGCAGAUACAAUGAUCCAAAUACAAACAGCCGCGUCUUUCCACAAUGUCCAGUGCAACUGCCUUUCUUCUUACAUGAACGUGAAUAAUAUGGUCACAGACCCUGAUUGUGUUGAUAAAGGAGUUGUCACAUUUAUUUCUAAGAAGAAUAACUUGGACAACUUGGUGAUGUACAAAACCGAAAAAAUCGGUAUGGAAGUUGAAGACGGGACAUUUACGAAAAUCAGUUUCGUUGAGGGCAAGUCACAAGACAGCAAAGUCAAAGACUCCAAAUUUUCAAAUUUUGAAAUCACCAAGAGCAAAUUCAAAAAUAUGAAGUUCAGCGAUAACACUUUUGAAAAUGGGAAUGUCAUGGUCAAUGAUUUCUUUGAUGGUGAAAUUGAUGAAUUGACCAUUAAAGACACGACCGUUGAUAGUAACCUCUUCUCAAACUCCAAAAUCGAAAAAGUAACCCUCGAUGGUUCACAGAAGACUAACAAACUGACUGAAAACGUUUUUUUCAAGUGCGAAAUUAGUGGGGUGACUUUUAAAAAUGGUGACUUGUCUAAUACAGUGAUUAGUCAGUCGAGCAUUGAAAACUCAAAACUUGACAACGUUUAUAUCAGCAACAUCACUUCGAAGACACAAAAAUUGGAAAAAUUUGAAAUGACAAAUUCUGUAGUCGAGAAAGCAAACAUCGAAGUUGAAGUUUCCAAUGAAAACAAAUUCGAAAACGUCAAAUUUGUCGAUUCAGUUGUGAAUUUGCAAGGUGGAGAUAAAGCAACAUCGUUCAAAAAUAUCAUUCUUAUUCGAUCAACUAUUAACGGAAUGUACAAAGAGAAUGAAAGUGGAGACUAUUCUGUGCAAAAUGGAAGUCUUACAGAGGACAAAAAGUCAAACAAGGCUGGUAUGAUUGUUGGUAUUAUCAUUGCUGUUAUAGUUGUUGUUGCAGUUGUUGCUAUAGCAGUCGUUGUGGGUGUUGUUUUCUUUUUGAAAAAACGUAACUCGGUUAUUCCUUAUAGCCAAGCUUAA